AUGUCAGGCACUUGGGGCACCGACUCUGCCGACAUUCCACCGGACUUUAAAGAUUUCAUGGGGAGUAUGCCAGGCACUUGGGGCGCCGACUCUGCUGAUGUUCCACCGGAAUUUAAAGAUUUCAUGGUCAAAGUAACAUUGGCCGGGUAUCAUGUGGACCGGCGGAGGCAUAUGUCAGGCACCCAUGGCGCCGACUCUGCUGAUGUUCCACCAGAAUUUAAAGAUUUCAUGUUCAAAGUAACAUUGGCCAGGGAUGAUGUGGACCGGUGGGGAAAUAUGUCAGGCACCCAUGGCGCCGACUCUGCUGAUGUUCCACCGGAAUUUAUAGAUGUCAUGGUCAAAGUAAUCUUGGCCGGGGAUGAUGUGGACCGGCGGAGGCAUAUGUCAGGCACCCAUGGCGCCGACUCUGCUGAUGUUCCACCAGAAUCUAAAGAUUUCAUGUUCAAAGUAACAUUGGCCAGGGAUGAUGUGGACCGGCGGGGGAAUAUGUCAGGCACCCAGGGCGCCGACUCUGCCGAUGUUCCACCGGAAUUUAAAGAUUUCAUGUUCAAAAUAACCUUGCCCGGGAAUCAUGUGGACCGGCGGGGGCAUAUGUUAGGCACCCAGGGCGCCGACUCUGCCGACAUUCCACCGGCAUUUAAAGAUUUCAUGGUCAAGAUACCAUCUUUUGGGGUUUUACCCCUCUAA